CUCUUUGACGGGUCCUUACAAAAAUAUUAAAGCUGUUGAAGGAUGUUUGCUGAUAGUAAUCUGGAUUAAACAUUGAUACCCUUGUUGAGCGUGCAGUGGAAAAAGUGAAAUAAUGAUAUUUGCGGAUAUCUGCAACUUUUCUUAACAUUGACAAGUUCUAGAGUGUUAUUCUAUCCUGGCAACUUGUAUUUGGUUGGUGUUCAGCUAUUCACCCUCGGCGAGCUGAUUGCCUGAAUAUUACAGCUUAUCACUGAUCGAUGGGACAUUGAUCGAUUCAAGAUGCCCGUUACCGGACUCUUCUUCAUCCCGGCAAAUCCAAACUCGUCUACUGCUCUAGGAACAGUAGCCAACCAGUUACGAGCAGCUUACAAUGCCGUGCCAACUGGCCGAUGGGCCCUUGAGCACAAAUUGCUAAGGGACACGCCCUCUUGCCUGCCACCAUCAGCAUACGCCCCACUGCCGCAACUUCAACCCCGUUUCAUGCACUUUCUUUCCCUCAGCCACUUCCAGUCGCAUGGAUUCGUCUACAUCUCAGACCGGCCAAGUCCUGACCCUUGGGCACCCUCCCAACCGCACCACUCCCAAGCAGGCAUCCACGCCCAUCCCACCCAACAGCAAAUUCCGCCCCAACCAAGCUCAUCAAACCGACUAGUAAAGGAAGAAGAUGCCCCACAAGUCUCUCGCUCCUCCUCCUCCUCCUCAUGGACAAUGAUGACUCUAGACCCGGCAUCAUUCAACUCCUUUCUCGCAAUUACUCUUCGCGCAUGCGAACCCCUCUGGUGUCACAGACACACCAUGCUCGUCACAGGCGGGACCAUCUUCGAGGUCGGAGACUUCCGCAUACGCAUCGGCGAUCUACGACAGACCCAGCCCGUGCAGCGAGUUCGUGGGUGUAUUGUCGAGAUCGAAUAUCGCGGGCCGGGACAGACAGUUACGCCGAAAGACAGCGACUGGUAUCUUCCGGUGUCAGAACCAGCGACAUCGGCGGCAUUGGGGGUGGAAGACGGGUUUUUAGGGAUUGCCGGUGGGGCUGGGGAUGGCGAGGAAGAGCUCCUCACUGAGGAAGAUUGGGUUGUGGGCGAAAAGCUGAUUCGGGAAUUUUGGGGUCGUUUUGCUGUGCCUGGCGCUAAGGAAGCGAUUCGUGUACCUGGUUUGUUGACGGAGACGAAUAAAGCUAGGCAGAGAGGGACGAAGAGGCUCACGACCAUGGACGCGGGUGUGACGAACACUGGGAUCGCGGGUGCGGAUUUGGCGAGGCAGUAUAUGGAGCUGUUGCGGUUCAAUCGGUGAAACAAAAAUGAGAUAUAUUUAGUAUUAAGCUCUCUUUGGGUGACAUCACUCAGUUCAUAA